AUGGAAACGCCCAGUCAGAAGAACGCCAAUGUCCGGAUGCUAGCAUGUCUCGUUGAUAUUGACGGGGAUGGCGAAGGCGAUUAUCGAGUCCUUGUUGACGACAAGUAUGUGAAGUACGUCACCACAGCCCCGGGCACAUUUCGUGACGCCGAUGAGAGCGAGCGUUGCUUCGGGCCUGUCUUGGUUGGCGAGCUGUUGCCCCAACUACCGACUGGAGACUGGAACAAGGGCCACGUCGCCAUUGAAUCAGAGACAAGGAACCCAACUUUUGUCGAGACUACGACAGUGCAGUUCGGCGGAGUCAUGAAUCUGUGGCACGAGAACAAAUUUAACGAGCUUGAUUUCACGCGGCAAGAUUGCGUAGGGCAAAGAGUUCACAUCUCAACGCAUCCUGAGUUGGAAGGCGGCACGAAGCCUGUCCUUGUCAAACUCGCGGUUUGGCCAUGGGAGAUCCCUCACAUGGAAGCUGAAAGCGCCAUUUAUCAAGCAAUUCAUGACACUGGCAUCGGUCCCAAGUUCUUGGGCCAUCUAACUGAAGGGAAGGAAGGUCGUGUGAUUGGCUUUGUGACCGAAUGGAUAGAGGAUGCAAGGGCAGCGGGACUUGAAGACAUAGACGGUUGCAGAAAGGCAUUGUCACAGCUACAUAAGCUUGGUAUCAGGCACGGCGACAUCAACAAAUACAAUUUCUUGGUGAAGGAAGGACAAGAUGUGAUUCUCAUAGACUUUGAGGUGGCGGAACAGGACUCGACCCUCGAGGAGCUCGAGGAAGAGAUGAGUACCCUCGAGAGUCACCUUGCGGACAAGAGCUUCCGGGGCGGAAUAGAAGUUAUCUCCGAAUAA